AUGGCCGCCCCAAUCGCUCUCGCGCAAAGCGUGCAGCUGACACCCCACGAAGCCCUCUCCGGCGUCUUCGGCUCCAUAUCGCUAGCCUCGUGGAUAUUCCUCCUGGUCCCCCAGCUAAUCGAAAACUACCGCCAAGGCUCCGCGGAGGGCAUAUCCCUCGCCUUCCUGAUCGUCUGGUUCAUCGGCGACAUCACCAACCUGGCCGGGGCCAUCUGGGCCGGGCUGGUGCCCACGGUGAUCGCGCUGGCCAUCUACUUCUGCUUCGCGGAUCUGGUGCUCAUCUCGCAGUGCCUGUACUACAACCUGGUCAACGCGCGCAGGGAGAGGAGGAGGAAGCGGAGCGCGGCGCUCAGCGAUGCGAGCGACGAGGAGGAGCCGCUGCUGAGCCGCCGCAACAGCGAGGCUAGGAGUAUGGGGCUGCCGGGGAGCCAGAGGCGACGCAGCUCGGCGGCGUCGAGGCGACGGAGGGAGAGCUCGUUGCUGGAGGCUGGGGAGGAGGAGGGCGGCAUGAGCGACUGGGUCAGGAAUGCGCUGAGUAUUGUGGGCAUAUGCGUGGUUGGCGCUGCGGGGUGGGCGAUUGCGUGGAGGUCGGGCGUGUGGAAACCCACGCCCACGGAUAACGCGGAUGGCCCGACGGAGAUGGCGCUGGGGGCGCAGAUCUUGGGAUAUGCGAGCGCGGUGUGCUAUCUUGGCGCCCGUAUACCGCAAAUCAUCAAGAACUACCGCGAAAAGUCCUGCGAGGGCUUGUCGCUACUCUUCUUCAUGCUGUCGCUGCUAGGCAACCUGACAUAUGGCGCAGGGAUCAUCUUCCACUCCCUCGAGAAGGAGUACAUACUGACUACCCUCCCAUGGCUCAUCGGUUCACUUGGCACAAUGGUCGAAGACGCCACCAUCUUCGUCCAGUUCCGGCUAUACGGCGAGCCAGAUCCGCCCUCCGUUGCCGUCAUAUAA